GUAAAUAAAUACAGUAAAAAAUAAAGGAAAUAAAUACUUUUUUAAAUAAAAGAAAAACGUACUAAAAACAAUUAAGAAAUAAAGAAAGAUGAGUGAACCCAAUGCGACCAUAGAGGCAGAGGCAGACAAAAAAUACAGAAUACAAGCGGCCGCAUUUUUAGGUUUAGUAGGAGGCAUAUCAGCGUUAUUUGGAUUUUCCCGUACAUUGGGUAAAGCGAAAAAGUCUGAAUCAAAAUUAAUAGAAAAGGGUGGCACAAAAUCGUUAAUUUUACUAGACGAGGGGUCAGCUUUAGCCAUGAGAGCCUUAGGAUGGGGCACCUUGUAUGCUGUGCUGGGUACUGGAGCAUUUUGUUUUGGUGUGUGGAAACUAUCGGGGGCAAAGAAUAUGGAAGAAUUUCGUUUAAAAAUGGGUCAUAGUUUGCCAAAACUUAGCAGCAAUGAGCCACCUACCAGCCGCACAGAUUUCGAGAGUUUAACCGAUCUAAUGAAAUAUUUAGCCGCCUGGGGCAAGGAAUGAGUUAUAAAAUAAAUUCUUAAUUUUUUUUAGAGAAAUAGACACUCUUUUUAGCAGAGUAACCCGUAAUACUUUUUAAUUUUAAACAAUUUACAUUUUAUUAACAUUUUUUGUUCUUUUUUCAUUGUUGCUUCCAAGAUUUUUACAUAAAAACUAAUGUCCUUAAUCA